GUUCAUCAUGUGUCGAAAUUUGACGAAGGAUUUUAUAACUGCACCGCUUCCAACGUAGAGGGAAUCGUAACUUGCACUUCUGAUAUCACUGUAAUUCCAGCUAAGGAAGAACCGAAAAGACGAUCUCGGAAGCAACCACAGGCACCUACGUUUUUGGAAGUUCUGCCUGGGAAAGUUAAGAUUUCUGCUGGAGAUCCAUUCACCGUGGAAUGUAGUAUUGCUGCACAUCCAGCUCCUUCCAUAAGAUGGUCUCGGAAUGGUGCACCGUUCAUCCCACAAAUUGAAAGAUAUUCGAUGUUGUACGAUGGUGAAACAGCUACCCUGAAGAUAACUAACGUUUCAACUGCUGAUGUUGGUACUUACACUUGUAUAGCGGAAAAUCAUUUGGGCAAAGCAAAAACUACGAUGCGACUUGAAGUCGACGAAAAUGCUCCUUCUGGCAAAGAGGGUAUUCCGCCUAGAUUUUUACGUGAAAACAUCCUAGAUGUGGUGCAGGUCCGUGAUGGCGAAAAAGCAGUACUGUCAGCUGAGCUGUUAGAAGGAUCUGAACCUCUGACCAUUUCUUGGAUGCAUAACAAAGUUGAAAUACCUGACUCUAGUGGGUUUGCCUAUUCUAGAAGAAAGAAUUAUUGUUGCUUAACUGUUGCCGAUGCUUUCCCAGAAGACAGUGGAGAGUACGUUUGUGAAGUGAGAAAUAAGGCUGGUUCUGCACAAUGCUUUAUCAAGCUUGUGGUUUCAGACUUUAGAAAACGUCUUGGGAAUCACACGUCCUCUGUUUCAGAACGUCAUCAAAAAAGUGAAUAUGAGGAGUUGCCAACAAUUGUUUGUAAUGAUAAGACCGUUAAAGUGGAUCCUGGCCAAACGCUUUGUUUGAAUGCUGUAGUACAAGGCCAUCCUGAACCCGUGAUAGCUUGGCAGCGAAAUGGCAGAACGAUUGCUGCCGGCGACAGAUAUGAGAUGGAGCAUGAUGGGGAAAACUUUACUUUACGCAUUCAUGAUGCAACACGAGGAGACAGCGGAGCUUACAUACUGAAAGCAGUAAACACUGCUGGCGCUUCAGCCGUUGAAAUACUUGUAGAAGUUUCGGAAAUUACCGACUCAAAUGCUGUGGUACCAAAAAUGAAAACUGUACCAAUUUCAACGCAGUGCGCUUAUGGCCAACGAGCAGAACUCAAGUGCAGCUUCAAAGGUACUCCACAACCAACAGUUUCAUGGUUCUUAAACGAUCGCAAAUUAGUUUCUGGAAGAGAUGGUUACGUAAUUGAUACAACCCCAUCUACCUCGCAGAUAACAGUUUUGAGGCUUCAAGAAAAUCAUUUGGGUGAAUACCUUUGCGUGGUAAGAAAUGCAUACGGCGAAGAUCUGGCAAAAGCAAGAAUAAUGUUGGAAGUUUUAUGUUACAUUGUGCUGUCGUUGAUGUCUCGUAUAUGGCGACCUGUACGUCUUACUGCGUCAGGUAACUACAAUCGUCGAGUGAAAGCAGAUGAAUUGUUUGAAUUCAAUACACAAAAGUUUCAGGGCAUUCAGCAGCGUUACCUCCACGCAGGAAGAUGUGAACCUAAGUUGUUAAAAUAUCGUUAUUCAAUCUGCGUGACACCUUCACCCAAAUGA